AUGCAAAGGUCAUUGGACAAGUACUCAUUCUCAUCCGCACUCAAGAGAACCAAAAUGACUUACUGCUUCCUCCUCCCGUACCGGAACCCUGAAAGAAGUGGAUAUUCAGGGGAGCACUUCUCCAUAUCGGAUGGAGAAGAACCAAAUGGAAAUCAUAAACUGAACACACCACUGUUAGCACCCCACUCAUCCUCCAAACACGCACACGAAUGA